AUGUUUGGAGAUAACCCAGUGAUUAUUCAACAAGAACGGUUCCAGGCAUCGUCAGUGCCAUUGUUUCUCAUCCACGAUGGCGGCGGCACAAUAACCAGUUAUCAUUCGUUUGGCGACCUAGGUCGCGAUCUAUACGGAAUUUACAAUCCAAGAUUCCAGGAUAAUGAAGAAUGGACUAGCGGUAUUGUAGAGAUGGCUCAAGAAUACGUUGAGAUGAUAAAGAGCAUCUCUCCAGCAAAUAGGAUCAUGUUGGGCGGUUGGUCCCUGGGAGGUUUAAUAGCCCUGGAAAUGUCGCAUAUACUCGCAAACGAUUUAAUAAUCAACGUUGUCGGCCUUAUCAUGAUCGAUAUUGUUUAUCCACCAGCGAUAAGCGCCGCGAACCUAAACCCCGACGUUCGAGAUAUGAAUCUUAGUCGAGAUAUUCCCGUAAAACAGCGUCAAAGGAUGAUGAAGCUCAUUAAGGAGGCAACUGCUAGUGCAAAAGCCUAUGAACUCCCAACAUGGACCAGUGGUUCUGAAUCCGACUCAAGCAUGGACUCGAUAUCUAUGCCUUCUCCGCCUCCAACUGUUUUACUCCGAGCAAAAGAUCCCGUGCCAUCGCGCAGGGGUACAAAAAUUCCCAAUAUGUUAGGUUGGGAUAGUUAUGAAGCUGAUCUUGUUAAGGAGAUCUAUGAGAUUCCCGGCCAUCAUUUUAGCAUUUUUGAUUCAGUCAAUAUUGAUCAAUUCACUACAUCUCUACGUGAGACGUGUACUUUGCUGGAGAAUGGUAUAAUUGUAUGA